CGAAGAAGAAUCUCACGCAAACCGUCUUCAAAAGUUGGCAGUCCUGUGCUUUAGAAAAUAAUACGGAUUGUCAGUUGCUAGCCUAUUCUACGUUUAGUACAUUAUCCAUAUAUUAUAUUAUUUAUGGUAAAUUCUAUGCUAGUCUUUUACCUAGUUGUUAUUUAAUUUUCCCGUUGUUGAUUUGAUAGCAGCUAGCUACAGGAACUAGGUAUAGUUUGUGUAGCUAGCCUAACGUUAGCUAACGUAAAUGUUGUUCAGUUACACCGGCUCAGAAGAAUAUGCAGCUAUGUUGUCAUUGAUGUUUAUUGCUCUGUUGGGUUUAUUUAGGGUGUCUGUUUCUGGUUUAAAAGCCCUAGUUCUCUGUAGUUGGUUAGCUAGCUAUUCCAUUGGCUAACGUUAGACAUUUUAACAUGAAGACGUCAACAAGUGCGGUCGUGAUGCACAUCUUCACUGUAGCUGUAUGCAGCUUAUUGCUGGUUGCUCAAGGGCAGCUGGACGACGACGAAUGGCUUGAUCCGCAUGAUAUGUUGAACUACGAUGCAAGCUCAAAGACCAUGAGAAAGCCUGCUCAGCCUGCUGAGCUGAACAAUUACCCUAAUGUACCCACCAAAAGAAGGGAAUACAGCCAGGAUUUGGAUAAAAUGGAAGUAAGGGAGUGCAACAACAAAGUGGAAGGGUUACAAAGAGAGAUUGAAGAGUACAAGAAGAAGAUUACACAGGUUGCACAGCUGCCGUCAAGCAACCCAGUGUUCAAGCGAUUCCUCACCAAGCUUCUGAAGGAGAUUGAAAAAGUUGGCCUGCCCACCGAUCUCAAGAACGAUAUCCACUACGACGCCAAAGUGAAACUGUCUCGGCAAGCGGUGACGGAGAUCCGGAAGCUUCUGGAGGGAAUGGACACCUGGAGAACGGGGGCUCUGGACAAUGCCCUCAGUCAGAUCCUGGUGGAUCUCAAACCACAUGACUACGAGGCCUGGAUAUGGCACUUUGAGGACACCUUUGGUGUGGAGAUCGACACAGUCAUGAAGGUGUCUGUGUUGGUCUUAAUCAUAGUGGUCAUCAUCUGCAGUGAGCUGUGGUCUACAGUCUCCUGGUUUGUCCAGUUCAAGAGAAUCUUUGCCAUCUGCUUCUUAAUCAGUCUGGUCUGGAAUUGGUUUUAUCUCUACAAGAUUGCGUUUGCCGAGCACCAAAACAAAAUGGUGAAGAUGGAGGGCGUCGACGCAAAAUGCACUGGGAGGAAGAAAAUUGACUGGUGGGAUAACUUGAAGGAUUGGUACAGAGGUGCCAUGACUCUCCAAGACGAUCCCUGUAAGAUGUACUACGAAGUCCUCAUGGUCAACCCCAUCCUUCUCGUACCACCAACUAAGGCUAUCACUAUGACCAUCACCACCUUCUUCACGGAGCCUCUGAAGCACAUUGGUCAGGGGAUCAGCGAGUUCCUACGAGCCCUCCUCAAGGACCUACCGGUCACCUUGCAGAUCCCUGUGCUAGUCACCAUCGUGCUCUCCAUCCUGGUCUUCAUGUAUGGCAGCGCUCAGGCCGCUAUCCAGCAUGGCAUCACCAGACCGCUGCGUGUCGGUGGGCCCAGGGAUCCCUCUCCCCCAGCCUUGGAUCAGCCCAUGCCUGAGGCCCGUCUGAGAGGGACAGACCACAACCCACAGGCAGGGGGGGACGCCCCUCAAUACUCCCCUCUCCCGCUUAGACGCCGACUAGGACCAGCAGCCAACCAGGGGGCUCAGGACAGGACCUGUGUCGGCCAGAGGAGCCCCCCCCCCAGGGCGCAAAAGGAACCUACCAGGAGGUACGUGGAGACCCUGAGGAACACCGACUGGCGGUACAGCGAGGACAAGAUUAUCUCAGAGUGUUGGGAAGAUUUCACUGAUGCAGAGGAUACCAACCUGCUAACGGUAGAGGGUAAUACCAACAUUCAGGCAGAUAUGCAAGAAGAACCAGUUGAAGUUGGAUCCACAACAGACGGCAAUGACUCGCAAGAAGCUAAACCCUCUCCAGUGAAAGCUAAAGCCAAACCAGAUGAGGACGUGGCAUCUGACUCUAAAGGGGCAGCUGAUAGCAUGGCUGAGCACCAGGCUGAGUAUACUGGAGGUCGCGCCAGCCCAGUGCAUGCAACUCCAGCAAGUGGUCUUGGGCACGAGCAACAUGACAAAUUCUUGAAACACGAACCAGAGAGCGUGUCAGUCGCUGCUCAGCUUAAGUAGCACAUCCAGCGUAGCAGGUCUGUUAGGCCAAUACAUAGGCUUCAUUCUAAGCUGUAUGCUAAUGGAUAUUGGAAACUGUUUCUGGGUACAGUCAGUAAGCCCCCUGUCCUUGUAUGUUAAAAUGCUUACCACAGCAUUUUACAUGGGAUGAUUCAGAUUCUACAUAAAUUGGUAAAUAGUACCUUCUCUUAAAUCGGCUAAUUCAGUGUUUUUAAAUUUGUUAUUCCUGUUUUCUUUUUGAUGUCUCACAUUGUUCUUGCUUUUGUUUGUGUGCCUGGUCAAUGUGCAUGUACUGUCAACACAACACCCAUGUUUAUGAAUGACGUAUGUAUGUUGUGCAAUAAUCCUGUCACUAUUUUGUGGCAACUCGCCAUCUCUUCUGAAAUGAUGUGAAUUAUGUUUGUUUAGGGCUUGACAUUAACAUUUUAUAGAUUUGAGUUCACAUCACCAUAUCAAACAGUUUCCCUGAUCAGAAUAGAAUCACUGGUGUCUGGAUGCAAUGGAUUGCUGUUCUCCCAAUAUCGGAGCAGGAUUGCACUGCUAGGCAGAGCGGUCUUUCAAUCAUUCCUGGUUGCGAGAUCCGUGUGUAGCCACACGUGCACAUUUGUUGCUAUUCCUUGCUAAUUAGUGAGUUAUUUGCACAGUUAUAGCAAACAGGCUUCAUAUGGUAAUGAAAAUCAUGUAAAAGUCAUGGUUGGUGCAUCGGCUGCAUGUAUGCGAGUGGGCCGGGAGAGGGAGACAUUGCAGCAUGUAGGCCUAGCCUGUAAAAUAAAGACGAGACAGCCAAUUCAACACAUCUUGUAGCCUGGAUAGUUAACUACAGUGCAUUCGGAAAGUAUUCAAAUCCCAUGGACAUGAUUUUGAAAGGCACACCUGUCUAUAUAAGGUCCCACAGUUGAUAGUGCAUGCGAAAACCAAGCCAUGAGGUUGAAGGAAUUGUUCG